CCACUGUCCCUUGCUGCCACCGCCGCCGCCUCCUUUUCCUCCUCGCCAUGACUUCCUCCUACAGUUACCGCCAGACAUCCGCCGCCUCAACCUUCGGGGGCCUGGGUGGCGGCUCCGUGCGUUAUGGGGGUGGGAGCAGCUUUCGCGCCCCCAGCAUCCACGGGGGCUCCGGCGGCCGUGGCGUGUCUGUGUCCUCGGCCCGUUUCGUGUCCUCGUCCUCUGGGGGCUACGGUGGUGGCUAUGGGGUCGCACUGGCCGGGUUUGUUUCCUCGGGUUCAGGAGGGGGCUAUGGGGGUGGCAUGAACUGUGGCUUUGGUGGAGGAGGGGCCGGAGGUGGUUUUGGUGGGGGGUUUGGAGGUGGCUUCGGUGAUUUUGGUGGUAGUGAUGGUGGCCUCCUCUCUGGCAAUGAGAAGAUCACUAUGCAGAACCUCAACGAUCGCCUGGCCUCCUACCUGGACAAGGUGCGCGCUCUGGAGGAGGCCAACACUGACCUGGAGGUGAAGAUCCGUGAUUGGUACCAGAAGCAGAGCCCGAGCAGCCCAGAGCGUGACUAUAGCCCCUACUACAAGACCAUUGAGGAACUGCGGGACAAGAUCCUGGCGGCCACCAUCGACAACUCCCGGGUCAUUCUGGAGAUUGACAACGCCAGGCUGGCAGCUGACGACUUCAGGCUCAAGUAUGAGAAUGAGCUGGCCCUACGCCAGAGCGUGGAGGCCGACAUCAACGGGUUGCGCAGGGUGCUGGAUGAGCUGACCUUGGCUAGGACUGACCUAGAAAUGCAGAUCGAAGGCCUGAAUGAAGAGCUGGCCUACCUGAAGAAGAACCAUGAGGAGGAGAUGAAGGAGUUUGGCAGCCAGCUGGCUGGUCAGGUGAAUGUGGAGAUGGACGCAGCCCCCGGCGUGGACCUGAGCCGCAUGCUGGCAGAGAUGCGGGAGCAGUAUGAAGCCAUGGCGGAGAAGAACCGGCGGGACGCUGAGGCCUGGUUCUUCACCAAGACAGAGGAGCUGAACAAAGAGGUGGCUUCCAACACGGAGAUGAUUCAGAGCAGCAAGACGGAGAUCACCGACCUGAGACGCACCAUGCAGGGGCUGGAGAUCGAGCUGCAGUCCCAGCUCAGCAUGAAAGCUGGACUGGAGAACUCACUGGCGGAGGUUGAGUGCCGUUAUGCCACACAGCUGCAGCAGAUCCAGGGGCUCAUCAGCAGUCUGGAGGCGCAGCUGAGCGAGCUGCGCUGUGAGAUGGAGCAGCAGAACCAGGAGUACAACAGGCUGCUGGACAUCAAGUCAAGGCUGGAGCAGGAGAUUGCCACCUACCGCAGCCUGCUUGAGGGCCAGGAUGCCAAGAUGGCUAAUGUGGGCAUCCGAGAAGUCUCUCUGGGCGGUGGUGGCAGUGGCGGUGGUGGCGGCAGCGGCAGCAGCAGUGGUUUCCGUGUUCAUAUUGAGGAGUCUGUGAAUGGCAAGGUGGUUUCUUCCCGCAAGAGAGAAAUCUGAGUGCUCAGGCUGCGUGGAGUCCAGGCUGCGUGGAGUCCAGUCCUGCCCCCAAGAGCACGCUCCCAGCUUGAAGUUUUACACGCCUCCCCCGUCCGGGUUCUACCUUUUAGGGCCAGGACCUGCAGGAAGCAACUGUCCUGGGUCAACGAGCUGCUUUGCAUGGUGUCCUCUCCUACA